CUGCCCGACGCGGUCCGGGCCUCUUUCUGCGGCCCGUCAGCCCCCGCCCGCCGCUGCCCGAGGUGGUGCGAGCCUCCUUCCGCGGCGCGGUGGAGGUGCUGCCGGGGAGCUCCCGCUCCCGGUGCGGAGGCGACGGGGCGGAGGGCCUGGUGCCGCCGGAGGAUGCUGGUCGUUUAUGGGAAAAAAGUAGUUGCUAAGAAAGACGCCAGAAUUUUGCUGAAGUAGAUAAGAAGCCUCCUAAGCCCAUGUACUUUAAAGUGUUAAAAACAAAGCUGUUGAAAUCGGGACAAUAAAGAUCCUGGUCCUCAGUGAAGUCAGCAGCUUUUCCUAGUUUGAGAGAUGUGAGUCUUGCAUGUUUCUCAAACUGUUUAUUCAUUCCUCAAACAGAGCUCAAGCCCAUGAAGCCUUCUCUCACAGGAUAUCACUUCCAGACAAAUUUAGUGAGGUCUGAGCAUGCUCCCACCCACCAUGUGUUGGAAAAGCAACUUUUUAACCUGCUGCAGUAGCAAAAACUCACACUCACGGAGUAUACGUGCUCUAAAUGCCUACAAUACAGAGGAAUCCAGCUACUUCUAAUGGGAUGCAUUUGCAGAGAGAAAGAAUUCCUCAUUUAAGAUGGGUAAUAAGCAAACGAUAUUUACUGAUGAACAGCUAGAUGCCUACCAGGAUUGCACAUUCUUCACUCGGAAGGAAAUCCUUCGGUUGCACGGCCGAUACCAUGAAAUGGCACCAAAUGUUGUGCCCAUGGACUAUACAAAGGACCCAGAUGUUAAACUACCUAUGCAGCUUAUAAUAAACAUGCCUGAGCUGAAGGAGAAUCCCUUCAAAGAAAGGAUUGUGGAGUCUUUCUCAGAAGAUGGAGAGGGGAGCCUGAGCUUCAAUGACUUUGUGGAUAUGUUCUCCGUGCUCAGUGAAAUGGCUCCCCGCGAGCUUAAAGCAAUCUAUGCCUUUAAGAUUUAUGAUUUUAACACAGAUAACUUCAUUUGUAAAGCAGACUUGGAAAAAACCCUCAAUAAGCUGACCCGGGAAGAGCUGACAGCGGAGGAAAUCACUCUGGUUUGUGAGAAGGUGAUAGAAGAAGCUGACAUGGAUGGUGAUGGGAAAUUAGGAUUUGCAGAUUUUGAAAACAUGAUUUCCAAGGCACCAGACUUUCUCAGUACUUUCCACAUAAGAAUCUGAAGAUGUUUCUGCCAGUCCAGCCUUUCUGAAUCUCAGGCACUCCAGGGACUUUUGUCCUCUAAUGAGGGCUUCUUAAAACUCAGCAAAAAGUACUGAAAGAAUUCUGGUCCACAAAGAGACAGAAGCAUCAUGUGAUCUACAGGAUAUUUGGAACAGACACAUUUUUAUCUUCUCUACUGGCCAAGCACUCUGGCAAAAUGGUUGGUUGUUGGAUCAUGGUAUUUCUUUUUUCCCCCUCUUUUUUUUUUAACAGUCAGAAUCAGAAUAUUAUUGAAGGUAUUUCCACAGAGUUUUUAUAUUUGUGAAUAUUUAAUACUGCUCUUAAAAGUGAAAAAAAACAAAAAACCCACAACCAAAACAACAACCACAACAACAACAACAACCAAAACCAACAACAACAACAACCAAAAAAAACCCCAAAAACUGAGAGAUUAGCUUUGGUGUGUUUUCCAAGAGUAUUUGGAAGGAAGCAUGGGCCUUAAAUAAUGAGAUGCCUAUAUCACUGUGUUGUACAGCUGGGAUCUUGCAUGGAAAACACCUGAGGUGAAAGAAUUGCAGUCAAGACCAAGAUCCCAGUGUUGAAGACAGCCACAGCCCAGGUUUGCCUUUCAGCCACUAAAAUGGCGACUGCUGGGUUUGGUGCUUACCUUCAACCAAUACUUUAUGGAUUGUUGUGUCCUUAUAAAACUUGAAAUAUUUGCCUUUUGUAUAUGAUAACUGUGUACGUGAUGAAUUUCUUCCCAAGAUAAAUGUUUAAACAGUGUCCUUAUUCUCAAAGGGGCUCCUGCAUUUUACUCAUUCUAUGGGCUGAUAAUGUUCUUGAGUGGAGGAACAUGAUCAUCUGUAACUCAUGAAGAAAUUGAAGAAGCACAGAACUAUUAUUAAGAACAUGAAAAGAUAUUUUAUUUUGAAACAAGCUAUGCAAUCUCUCCCAUAAAAUGCAUUAAUACAGUUCUAUCUUUUUCUUUCCUUUCCAGCUGGAAACCAGCUAGAUCUUUUUGCUGAGUUUUUUUUUUUUUGAUUUGGUUUUUUGUUUUUUUUUUUUUUUUUUUUUUUUUUUUUUUGUGUUUUUGGGGUUUUAAAAUUUAUUUUUACUUCCAGUAUUGUUUAGGUACUGGGACCUGAAGACAAUCAUAUGUGUAUUAAUUACUGUUCUAACAGUCAAUAGAAGGGCUCUGUCACUUACAUGGCUUCUGUAUCAAGGUCAUCACAAUUAAAACUUUUGUAGCAUUCUGUUGUGCUUUGAGAAUUUUUAGGCUGACCACAUACUAAUCUCCUUUCUGAUCGCUAUUCCAAUUACAAAAUGUUAAAUUUUUCAAAGGAUGAAAUGUGUUACAUAGAAAACUGUUAAAGUGGAGAACCUAACCUGUUUAUCACUUCUGUAGCGAUGGUGAUGCCUAUCUACCUCGGAAACUCUUCUGUGUGGUGAGCUUGCAGGGUAGCUUGCUGUUCAGAUUUACUCACUAUGAAUAAAGAAGAAAUAUUUCUCUAGCAGUAUGUGUGUACAUUAAAAGUUUCAAUGGAAAUUUUGGAUAUUCAAGGUAUACAGGACAGGCAUGUCUAAGACUGCACAGUGAAAAUGACAGUAAUAACAUUAAUUUGUAAUAAAUCUCUUAGACCUAUCAUGUUCAUUAAUGUUUAUAGCAUUUUAAUGCUUCCUCCUACCGAUUUCUGUUUAGAUAAAGAAAUUAAACUUGAAUUCCCUUACCCAAGUUAAAAUUAACAGAAAUCAAUCCUCAUAUUCUGUUCUGAUUGGGCAAAAAGAGAUUCAAGCAUGUUUUUCAUUUUGAGCAGAUUAAGUUAGAUGUAUCUGCUGAUUCAAAAUAUUUGCAAGACAUUGGCAUUAAGAGAGAUUAUGUUAAAAUUACUUCCUAUUAAUUGAAGUAUCAGCCUAGUUUUUAAAAAAUUUAUUUCAAGACAGACAUUUAAUCUUGGAAGUCUUGUGAGGUGUGUAGGAAGAUAUGAUUAGGAUGUAUUUGUAAAAUACCAGGUUGCAAGAUUUGGGAUCACGUUUUCCAGACAAAAAGGAUCUGGUGCUGAUGACAUAGGUCAGUUCCUUUUGGCAUCAACAUUCUUCUGUGUGUUAUGAUUGUUACUAGCUAAAAUUCCUGUUUUCCUGGCACUGUCGUGUGUCGUUCUUGGGUUAUGUCAUACUUCCCUCUUAAAGAACGAGUGGCCUUGGAAGUGCUCAGUGUGUUGUUUCCCUGGGUCCUCCCUGACCUAAAUGUCACAAAGUCCUUAGGAGACACGUGAGCUUGCAGCCAGAUGUUUGACCUUGGAGUCAUCCACCUGAGCUGAGAAACAAAGAGAAAAAGAAGUUAGGAGCAUAUUGUGGAGAAAUAUUCCUGUUCAUAGAGACGUGUUCUUGCAAAAUACUGCAGAUACAAAUGUGUGUAGCUGUUUUAACUGCCUUUACUUUUUUUACUUAUGUUCAUGUCCUGUAACAAAAACGAGAGCAACGUCAUGUGUCCCUGGCGUUUGAGAGAGAUCUGUACACUCAAUCCUUCAGCACUGCCUAGUGGUGGGUGAGUAUUUCCAGCACCUAAUGGCAAAGGUGAGGGAUAGAUUUCUGAAGAGCUUUGUAUUUGUGCUUUCACAGCUGUCUAGAGCUGGAUGUCUUGCAACUGGCAGUCUUCUUACAGUAGCAAGAUUGUUAAGUGAGUAGUUCAGUGGGAUGCAAAUUUCAUCCUGUCACGUGGUACCAAACCUGCUGGACUUUGGCAAUUGUAUAACUGGCACAAUCUAGCAUAUUCUCUAGCAAGUGUUUCUUCAACCAGCCUUACUCUAAAAUAACUAUCAGGCCAUGUGGAAAGAAACCGAAACAGUAAAAGAGGUUUGGUUUAAAACAGUUUUGGAUUUGGCCAAAAAGCAAGAGGACAUGCACAUUGAAUUGCAGAAAAGUGUUAAAUAUAAACAGACAUUACUAUAUUUCUUCAAAAAUGGACAAAGCAUUACCUAAAACCUGUAUCAAAACAGCUGUGUGUGUGAUCUUUCAUUUAUAUACAGUUAAAACAUCCUGGGGAGAAAAAGAGAGUUGUGAAAGUUAAUAAAACAGUAUCAAAAAGUAAGAAAUAACUUGGUUAUUUUAAUUUAUUGUUGUUUUAAGGAAAUACUGUAAGCCAAGAUUUGCAACAGCCUGCAGGCUAAAAUCUGAUUUUCAUUACUUCCACAUUAAUCUCCAGUAAUUGCUGACUUCAGUGGAAUUAACUCAUGUAAUUGGAUCUGUGUUGGGGGAAAGUACUUGAGGUUUUGCUCCAGUUCUUUGUGCCCUCUCAUGCCCUUUUAAUGUAAUCUUAAUAUGCUGAAUGGUCUUUUCUUAACCAAUAACCACACACUCUUCUUUGUCAACAGGCUCACUGUUGGAAUCUCUUGCAAUUUCUUGCAGUCACAGAGGAACAGUCUCCUUUCCUUUUCUCCCUAGGACUAAUUUUUAUCUCCUUGUGCAUGUUAGAGGCACUUACAAUGAAACCUCUCAAGGUGGCACCACACCACCAUAGCAAGUCAUAACUUCAUAACUUCAUUUAACAGUUUAAAUGUCCCCGAAAUACAGGAUACUCUAUAGAAUCUACGAUGCCACAAACAAAAAUAUGAAACUGGGAUUAAUUACUGAUUUUAAAACUGUACAUAAUUACAGAGAAAGUUUUGUGUUUCUCAACAGCAUAUCAAUAAAAAUACGUUUUGAUAAAGUCCUUAAAAAUUGAAAUGUAUGUUAAAAAUGAAAAAGGGAUUUUCUUGCUGAAACUGUAAAAAACACAUAUUCUAGACACUUGGAUAGGUUAAGAUUAUAUUCUAAAAUAACAGAAUAUAAAGCAGAGUUUUUGUUGUGGACGGGAAAUACUAUGUUUGUGAGCUCAGAAUCCCCAGUAAAUCAAUUUGAGCUGAAAUAACAGCAAGAUCAGGAAGAGUUUAUAAUAUUAUUGCCCAAUACACCUUGUCUGGGACAGACAAUGGAGUGAAAUUUGAUGAGGAAGACAUUAAAGAUAAUAAAAUUAUAAUUGUUUAUGUCUUUAGGAAGAUGUGUGUCUGAGACAAAAGUACAGAACACGUUCUCCUCUUUUGUCUGUAUAAUUUUGCAGUUUUGUGUGUCUUGUAGAGAUGUUAGUAACACUGAGUGACUAUCACAUUCUCUUUCAUGGGGAAAAAGAGGAGACUGUUCUUGAUAGAAUUCAAAGAGCAUCAACAUUUCAGAUAACAGUGCCUUUAUUUAACUCUAAAUUCUGCCAUCCUUGUCUGUAAGAUAUUUUCCAAUCUGAACUUCAUGAGAAAUUUCCCUCUGCCCUUUCCCUUUGACUGCCUCAUGUUGGCAAGAGCAGUGAGGCGCCCAGGUGUGCCAGCCCUGGGUGCUGUACAGUUGCAAUGUAGAUGCGUCCUUCCCUCUGCUCUUUCCCAGUCAGGAGCUGCUCAGAGCCAGAAGUUUUCAUGCACAAAGCCCUGACUGCGCUGUGCCAUUCUGCAGGUACAGGCUCCGUGGCUGUUGGGUGCAUGCUCGCAAGCCUUGCAGCACAAGGCACCAUCUGUACCCUGCUCUCCAGUUCUUGCACAGGCACUUGGGGCCAGAUGUGCCUGCAAAUGUAGGGCAGAGUGGUUUAACUCUGCUGAAGAGGGUUUUGGGCACCAGGCCAGCCUCCUCUUUUUCUAACUGUAACUUUUCUCCACUGAAAUCAGUGGAUGUGGCAGCCUGCCAGGAGCAGGCAACUGGUUGCUGUGGACUUAACCACAGCUUGUGCAGUUCAAUAGGGAUCAAGCUUGCCUUGUGCUCUGCACACUGACAAGCUCUGGGAAUUGGUAGCUGCUGGUUGAAGGGGUGGUAAUUGAAGACUUUGGUCUGGUCCGUCAUGUAGAGCUCUGAGCAAGCAGGUAUUAGGUGGCUCUGUUUACUUGAUGGAAAUGGUUUAUAGUUUAGUCUGGAAAAGUAUUCAUAUGUCCAGAAGCCAGAUCCAUCUUUUUCAUAGGCCUCUCAUCCCCUUGGUUAUGGGUGUUAUGGUUAUGGGCUGUUUUUCACAUCACCCUGGAGGCAGCACUUCACAGAUAGUGAAUUCAUGUGGAUCAUUAGUAACCUUUUCUUAGCAAUCUAAUAUUCAGGGUUACUUUAAUGGCACUUAGAAAUAGAUCGAUGUUCACCACAUUUCCCCCCAUCCCAGCUGAAUGGAAAUGAUCUCUUACUUAGACAUCUGCUUAUAGAAUCAGAGGAUCACAGACGAUGCUGAGUUGACCUGUCAGGAUCAUUAAGUCCUACUCCUGGCCCUGCACAGGACACCCCAAGAGUCACUCCAGGUGCCUGAGAGUGUAGUCCAAACCCUUCUUCAACUUUGUCUGGUUUGGGUGCUGUGACCACUGUCACUGCGGACUAGUCAGCCCUGAGAGGAAAAAGAAUAUUGGUAUUUUAACCAAAAUGGUAUUUUGGGUUUUCUGAAAAUGAUUAUGCUUUUUUUUUUUUCUUUAUACAGAUAAAAAGUUCUGCAUACAAAAAGCUGUAGAUUCAGAGAGAAUUCCCUCUAGAAGUUUGAAACUGAAAGACUGUUACUGUUCUGCCUAAAUAAAUAAGUUAAUUGAUGUAUAUGUUCACAGAAAUAAAUUAAAUUCCAGAAAAUUCAGUGAGACCUUACAUAUGUUUAAAAAUUUUUGUCUCUUGUAUGGCCGUUUUAAUGACUAUUGAUUUUCUAACGUUAGAAUCAAAUAUGAUAAGGAAGUAUACAAAAUUCUCUAUUGUAAUUUCAUGCAUCCUCAUAAUGACAGUAGCAUUAGAAUUUGCAUUCACAAAUUCUUUUUAUUACACACCUUUAAAAUUUGGUUUUCUGCAGAAUUUACUUGCAAAUAUUCCUAGUGAAAUAACUUAGUCCCAUGUGACUAAUUCUGAGUAUUUUUUUCAUUUCCAGGUACCUUCUCUCACUGAAAAAGCAGGGGGAAUAAUUGAUAUCCAGAAACAUUAAUGUGUUUUGAGGUAUUUUCAUUCCAAGAAACUUGCCAAGUUAAACAGUGGGUUAUUAAUGCCAUACGCUCUGCCUGAUUGGCUUAGAGGAGGUUUUUUUCCUCUCUGUGAUAAUUCUGUAGUAGGCAGAUAUCCAUGGGGGCCAGAUCUCCACAGGACUCCUACUCACUUUGGUAGGCAGACUUCAGAUCAGGUCCUUAAAUAAUAUUUUGCUUUAUUCAAUCAUGGAAUGCAUAAACAAAAAAUCAAAACCUGCAGAUAAUAAAUUAUUCCAUUUCUGAAGAAAUACUAAUACGCAGGCAGAGAUGUAAAACAGAUUUACUGCAAGUAUUUUUACUGUCUCAUUCUCUAUGAGACAGUACGUAAAAUGGAAGAAAACAUUAAAACUUUGUAUGACAGAUAAGUGAAGAGGAUUGUAAUUAUGUUCAGUAUGUCUCUUUGAUUUUGAAGAGCUUAUUAAAACAUGAAUAGCUAAUCUGAGACUACUGAAAAAUGCAAAAAAAACUUGCUUAGCCAUUUCGUCUGUAUCUGACACAUUUUGUUUGAAAGUCUAGGCUUUACUACACUAAACAAAAAACACUGGAGUUCUCAUAAAGAACACAGGCAUUAGAGGCCUCACUCUAUUUUUAUUUCCUUUAAAACUGUACAGAACUCAGCUAACAUUCCCUCUCAUUUGCUUGCUUGAAAUGAGGACACUGUGUACACAAAGAGGCUGAAGACUUCCCUCUAAUGCCUCUGCCCUUGGCAUUAUGAGUAAGCAUUUAACAGAAUAAGUUUUGGUAAAGCCAGAGGAAAUACUUUAAAGAGUAUCUUUGUAUUUCUUCCCAAUCUCCUUCUGGGAAGAAACCUGAGAUUUGUUAUAUCCUUUUGAUAAUAUCAGCGUGUCCUUUGAAGAUUCCCUCUUAUUGAUAUAUUCAGCAGAGAUGCGGUAGAAAACCCAGUGUUUCUGCAGUUCCUUUACUGUAGUCUGGAGAAUAACAAUGCAGGGAAAAUUGAGCCUAUUAUCUGAGAAGAGUCUAGCAAAAACCUUGACAUGGUAAAAUGAAGCUGAGGGAAGGUUAUGAAUGCUGAUGAAACACAGGAAGCUUGAUUCAGUGACCUGAAUUUGGAACCCUACAAAACCUUCUACCUUUCCUUAUCCUAUUUAUCUAAGAUAUAAAGCAGGUGGGAAUUAUUUAAUUGAUGUCUGAUCCAAUAGUCUACAAAUGUGGUUCUUUGUGGCCUUUAAUUCUUUUUAUAUUUCACUAGAAGUGGGGAAAUGAAGGAUAUGCCAAAGGAAAGAGAGUCAAAAGCAUUUCCCUGGACAUCUAAUUAUUUAUUCUACCCCCAAGCAGGAUCUUCAAUCACCUCCAGAACUGCUUUACAUUUAGCCAAUUUCUAAACUUUUUUAUCUUAGAAGGCCAUUAUAGGGGCAGGAGGAAAAGAAAAGCCUGGCAAUAAUUUUAAAUCAAGAUUCAUAAGUGAUUUCAUUUUUGUGAAUGGGAUUUCCUUUUUAUGUAAGACCAUCCUUUUAUUAUUUUCUAAUAAUGGCGACACUGGAGUAGUGUUGCUGGCUGCCUGUAUUAUCUUUUUUUUUUUUUUUUUUUUUUUAAACUCAUGAAACAAAUUAUAUCCUUUCUUUAAUGAUUUUUGCUAGCUUGCAAUAGAAGUUUGGGGGGUUGUUGUCAGCUGUGAUUUAUAAUUGUCUGUGAAAAAUAGCAGGGAUUUAUGAUUUGUUUGGUUUGCAUCUUUUAUCUAUGAGCAUAACGAGCUGGUAAAAAAAACUUGUUUAAAUAAAAAUUAAAAAGUAUUCAAAUACUAGUACCAAUGAGAAUGGAAUUUUGGCCUGAUGCUUCUUUGAAUGCACAUGGUGAGUGAAAGCAAAUGAAGAGAAUGGAAAUAACUACAUGUAUGUCUGGAAUACUCACUACUUUGGGAUCUGGAGGAUAGAAAUUCCUUUUCAUUGUAUUUCUGUUUUUAAUCCAGUUGAAAUGUAAAAGUGCAGAGUACUAGUAGAUUUUUUUUAAUAGAGCUUUUCUGAAGUUCACAAGAAGAUUCCAGAUACUUUUUUCAAAAUUUUAGCUUAUGGAAGACAAGUCCAAACUGCUGUGUCAGCCACUAUUUAUUUUCAUGAGUGCGUGGUUGCAGAUGUGUUUAUUCUGAAGGGUUGUAUUUUGGCCAUCAAUGAACUGGGAACAAGAUGUCUAGUUUGUAUCCAGAGUCUGUCAAAAAGCACAGGAGAAUAUCUAGACACUAUGAGAAAGAGUCUUUUCUUGGUUAAAAAAAUAUUCCACUUUAAGUAUGAUUAUUUUGUCUGCUUUAACAUUAGUGUAAUUAAGUGUAAUAAAGUGUAAUUAAGUUUGUCCCAAAAAAA